CACUCAGCAUUUGUUUCUUUUCAUUUGUUUAAAAACGGCUUCAAAAUUGGCAAAAUAAGGAAAAAUAAGAAAAUGAGCUACAACGACAAGAACGAUGGGAUUACCAAAGAUGAGUGGAUGAUGCGUUUGGAACAAUUUCCGUUUAAGCAGGCAGACAUGAAUCGGCUAAUUAUGAAUUAUUUGGUAACUGAGGGUUUCAAAGAAGCGGCAGAAAAAUUCCAGGUUGAAGCUGGUUUAAUGGAACCCUCCGUGGAGUUGAAUUCUUUGGAUGAUCGUAUACUGAUACGUGAAGCUAUACAAAAUGGACGGAUCCAAGAGGCAACACAGUUGGUAAACCAACUACAUCCCGAAUUGCUAGACAGUGACAGAUAUCUAUAUUUCCACCUGCAACAAUUGCAAUUAAUUGAACUAAUAAGAGCUGGAAAAAUUGAGGAAGCCUUAUCAUUUGCCCAGAGUCGCCUGUCGGAAGCCGGAGAAGAUAUACCAGAAGUUUUGUGCGAACUUGAACGUACCUUGGCAUUAUUGGCAUUCGAAAAACCUCAAGAAAGUCCAUUUUCGUAUCUUCUGGAACAGUCGCAUAGACAGAAGAUCGCCAGUGAACUUAAUGCGGCUAUAUUGAAAAGUGAGCACAGUGCUGAUUCUACGCCAAAAAUAAUGUUCUUGUUGAAGUUAAUAAUGUGGGCACAGUCAAAGUUGGAUGCCCGCGAGGUCAAUUAUCCAAAAAUGAAAGAUCUUGAAAAUGCUAUCAUUGAGCCUAAAUAAAUUCUUA